UUUUUCUUUUUCAAAAAUUUAUUAGUAAAUUGAAUGUGAUGGUUUUUGGAGCUUUUUUCUAACGUCUUGCCUUUUAAGUGACACCUAAGUCCGAAUAUUUCACUCUACUCGCACGGUCACACCCACCACCACCACACCACCACACCACCAUUUUCUUCUUCUUCUUCUUCUUCUCCUUCCUCUCUCUCUCUGCUCUUCUGUUCCGAAACCUCCACCUCCACCUCCGUCGCACUCUUUCUCUUUCUCUCUCCAAAAUCGAGACUUACCGAAUAAGUAAAUCCGAAUUUCGGAUCUCCAUUUCGGAAUAUCGGAAAACUCUGUGGUCUCUAUCUCGGAGUCUCAUACUCUCUCGGUAUCGGAGUGUUUCCGAAGCUGCAUUUGUUCCGGUACGGUUGUUCUUCAAAUCUGUAGGAUCUCCAGCUCAAAAUAGCUCCGUGUCGAGAUCUCGGCAUAUUCUCUUCUGCAUUAGUUGACCUCACAGUCUAAUAUGGACCGACGCAGUUGGCCGUGGAAGAAAAAAUCUUCUGACAAGGCUGCAGCUGAGAAGGCCGCAGCUGCAGCAGACUCUUUUGCAACCGAGGCAGAGCAAGAUAAAUACAAGAAACCAAACUAUGUUCAAAUUUCUGUCGAGCAAUAUUCACAUCUGACCGGUUUGGAAGAUCAAGUGAAGACUUAUGAGGAUCAAGUGAAGACAUAUGAGGACCAAGUUCAGACAUUGGAGGAUGAAAUUACAGAUUUGAAUGAAAAGCUCUCCGCAGCCAAUACAGAGAUGACUAACAAGGAGAGCCUGGUUAAACAGCAUACUAAAGUUGCCGAAGAAGCUGUCUCAGGUUGGGAAAAGGCUGAAGCAGAAGCUCUCGCGUUAAAAACUCAUCUAGAAUCUGUGACUCUUUUAAAGCUCACUGCUGAAGAUCGGGCCUCACAUUUGGAUGGUGCUCUUAAAGAGUGCAUGCGGCAGAUACGAAAUCUGAAGGAAGAUCAUGAACACAAAUUACAAGAAGUUGUUUUCAGCAAAACCAAACAAUGCGAAAAAAUCAAGCUUGAGCUUGAAGCAAAGAUAUCUAAUUUGGACCAAGAACUCCUAAGGUCGGCUGCUGAAAACGCUGCUAUUUCCAGGUCUUUACAAGAGCGUUCAAAUAUGCUAUUCAAGAUAAACGAAGAGAAGUCACAAGCUGAGGCUGAAAUUGAGCUUUUUAAGAGCAACAUUGACUCUUGUGAAAGGGAAAUAAAUUCUCUGAAAUAUGAACUCCAUUUAGCUUCCAAGGAGCUAGAGAUUCGUAAUGAGGAAAAGGACAUGAGUAUGAGGUCUGCAGAAGCAGCCAACAAGCAGCAUAUGGAGGGUGUUAAAAAAAUAGCUAAGCUAGAAGCAGAGUGCCAAAGAUUACGUGGUCUUGUGCGGAAGAAGUUACCUGGUCCCGCUGCACUUGCCCAAAUGAAGUUAGAGGUUGAGAGUUUAGGCCGAGAUUAUGGAGAAACUCGUCUAAGGAGGUCUCCUGUUAAGCCUUCUAGUCCACACAUGUCCCCAGUGACUGAGUUUUCUCUUGACAACGUACAGAAAUUUCACAAGGAGAAUGAAUUUCUCACAGAACGUUUAUUAGCAAUGGAAGAAGAGACAAAGAUGCUGAAAGAAGCUUUGGCAAAGCGCAACAGCGAAUUGCAGACUUCAAGGAGUAUGUGUGCUCAGACAGUCAGCAAGCUUCAAACAUUAGAAGCACAACUUCAAAUCAACAAUCAACACAAAGGUUCCCCAAAAUCCGUUGUACAAAUCACCACUGAAGGUUCCUCAAGUCAGAAUGCAAGUAAUCCGCCAAGCUUGACCUCCUUGUCUGAAGAUGGAAAUGAUGAUGACAGAAGCUGUGCUGAGUCUUGGGCUACAACAUUGGGGUCUGAUCUCUCUCACAUCAGGAAGGAGAAGAGCAAUCAAAAGUCAAACAAAGCUGAAAAUCAAAACCAUUUGAAUCUUAUGGAUGACUUUCUGGAGAUGGAGAAGUUGGCUUGUUUGCCAAAUGACUUGAAUGGAGCCGUCUCCAUUUCAGAUGGUCCAAACAAUAAGACAUCAGAAAGAGAGAAUCAUGAUGCUUCAGGAGAUGUCACAGCCGAAAAAGAUAUCCAAUCAGAGCAGCAGCAUGAUUUAAGUCCUUUGGAAGGUGAUCAGGCAUCUUCUAAUGUGAAACUGUCUGGAUUAAGUCCUGAAUCUGAUGAAAACCAGCUGCCCCUGGUGAAGCUCCGAUCAAAAAUCUCUAUGCUAUUGGAGCUCUUAUCUAAGGACACUAAUUUUGGUAAAGUUAUUGAGGAUAUCAAACAUGUCGUCCAGGAAGCACAAGAUACUCUGCACCCGCACACUGUAAACUGCAUUUCUGAGGAAGUUCACAGCUCAGAUGCCAUAUGUGACAGGCAGGCAAAUCCUGAGGAUUCUGGAUUAACUACAGAAAAGGAAAUCACUUUGUCCCAGCCAGCCAGGGGGACCAUGGAACUAAUGAGCGAAGAUCUGGCAUCUGGCAUUUCUUUGAUUCAUGACUUUGUGCUAUUCUUGGGCAAAGAAGUGAUGGGAGUGCAUGACACGUUUCCUGAUGGCAAUGAAUUAAGCCAUAAGAUUGAAGAAUUCUCUGGCGCAUUUAAUAAAGCUAUUCAUGGAAACUUGAGUUUGGCUGAUUUUGUUCUUGGCCUCGCUCAUGUUUUAGCAAACGUCAGUGAGCUGAAAUUUAAUGUUCUAGGCUACAAGGGUGUUGAAACAGAAACUAAUAGUCCUGAUUGUAUUGACAAGGUAGCAUUACCGGAGAAUAAGGUAGUUGAGAAGGAUUCGUCAGAAAGAUAUCAAAAUGUUUGUGUCCACAUUUCUAAUCAUUCUAACCCUGAAGUUCCUGAUGAUGGAAAUCUAGUCUCUGGGUAUGAAUCAAAUGUGGCACCGUGCAAAAUCUCACUGGAGGAGUUCGAACAAAUGAAAUCAGAGAAAGAUAACCUUGCAAUGGAUUUGGAAAGAUGUAAUGAAACUCUGGAGAUGACAAAGUCUCAGUUGCAGGAAACUGAACAGCUUCUUGCAGAAGCUAAAUCACAAUUUGCUUCUGCUCAAAAUUCAAAUAGCUUAGCCGAAACACAGCUAAGAUGUAUGGCAGAAUCAUACAGGUCACUAGAGGCACGGGCUGAGGAAUUAGAAGCUGAACUGAAGCUUCUGCAAGUCAGAACUGAAACUCUGGAAAGUGAGCUUCAAGAAGAAAAAAGAAAUCAUCACGAUGCUUUGGCCAGAGGCACGGAACUUCAAGAGCAGUUGAAAAGGAAUGAGCUCUUGGCAGCUGAGACUGAAUUCAAGACCAAACAGGACAGGGAGUUGGCUGAUGCAGCAGAGAAGCUUGCCGAGUGUCAAGAAACCAUAUUUCUUCUAGGCAAGCAGUUGAAAUCUUUGCAUCCACAAACAGAGCACAUGGGAUCUCCGUACAGUGAGAGGAGUCAAAAGGGUGAAGGGUUCACUGAGGACGAACCCGCUACCACGGUGCGAGACUCAGAUCAAGCCGAGAUGGAAGGCGCUGCUUUUGCCAAUGUAAACAGAGGGGGCAGCGAAUCACCGGUGAAUCUGUAUAACACCCCAUGUAGCCCCUCCGAUACAGAAGCGAACACUCUCUUGAAAUCACCAGUCAAUUCCAAAUAUCCAAAACACAGGCCUACCAAGUCAACUUCCUCAUCUGCCUCUUCUACCCCAACACCAGAGAAAUAUCAACGCGGCUUCAGCAGAUUCUUUUCCUCCAAAGGAAAGAAUGGUUAUUAGACUUGCAGCUCGAGAACCUGAAUAAUAUAUUUCGGUGGUUGGAAAGACCGUUAAAAAAGUAAUAAUUAGAAGCAGCACCAAAGAUGGAGACCUCCUUCAUUCGUGUCGUGUGAUAGAAAAAUCAUUUGUUGGGAAUUCCUAGGUGUUUGAAGCUUUAAUCUGAGGGGAAUACUUGUGAAGGUCAGGUAAUUUUGUAACUAAUGGCUCUGUAUAUGAUAUCCAUAUCUGUUAAUUUGUUUCUCUCUCUCUUGCACGCCUUCUGUAUUUUGGUUAAUUCAACCAUGACAUAGUUUAUGGAC